UCUCAGACUACCUCCAUCUGUAAGAGUAUGUAAGAAGACAUAACGUCCAGGCAAUCUACAUCAGUGUCACCACAUUGUUUCUAUUCUUCUAGACUCUCUCUGCAUCUCUCAAUGCGAAAAAAGCAGAUCCAGGUCCAUGGAUAGACAUACUGACCUCCAGAGACUCCACCCAUCUUGACAAAGUGCUGAUGGGUCUGGAGGUGGAGACUGGACAGAUGGUGCAACAGGCUGUGGAGAAAUGCUUUACAGGAGAUGUUAAACUGGGUUUAAGCAUUUUAGUACAGUGCAUUGAAGCCCCUUAUAUCUACCUCGCCAAAAGACUUACUACAAUGAAGGCACCCAUGGUACAGGGGAUCUUGGUGUCCCACUGUGAGGAGGAUCUGCUGUGUAUCCGAGUUGCCUUCCUUAAAUUAACAGGAACUUCUCUCUACACGGCUCUACAGAGCAAGUUCAAAGGAGAUUAUCUACAAGCUCUGCUGGCCAUCUGUCGAUCAGAGGAUUAAUAAAGGCUAUGACAUUUGAAUUAUACACUUGUAUUCAUAUAUGUAUUUCUACCUUCUACCUGAAUAAAGUUAUAGUGCAAAAUA